UCGGUUCAAAAACGUCUUCAAGUUAAAUUGUUGAUAAGUGUUUUGUAUACAAAAUUUACAUAGUGGUAAAUAAGAAGACAAUUUUUCGUACAUAAUCGAUUAAACAACAAAGGAAUUUGCGACAAAAGUUCUUAAUGAAGUUGUUUAGGCCCCACAUUAUUAAUCGUUGUUUCUUUAAUAAUAUUCAGAGAUAAUCAUCAACUCAUUAUGUUAGAUUAAAGUAAAUUUUUAGAUCUGGAAUAUAGAAAUCUCACUACCUCUAAUAUUACGAUAAAAUAAACGAUCUUCACUUAUACAUUUGUCAUCGCUUUAAUUUUAUUUAACUACAAAAACUUAAAGAAAAAAGUCAUCAUGUUGAAAAUUGGAUUUUUGGGUGGUGGAAAAAUGGCACAUGCCAUGGCUAAAGGAUUCAUUGCGGCUGGACUUACCAAAGGAGAUCAUAUCAGAGCCAGUUGCCAUCCAAAUGAUACUGCCAGUCUCGAAAAUUUUAGAGAAUUGGGUGCAGAAGCAAUUACAGAAAACCCACCGGUUGUAAGAAAUUCAGAAAUAAUCAUUAUAUCAGUAAAACCACAAAUAGUUCCUACAGCACUAGGGCAAAUCAAGGGUAUGGUAGAUAAAAGUAGACUAUUUUUAUCAAUUGCUAUGGGAAUUACGAUAAACGAGCUGGAAAGUUUGGCACCAGAAAAUGCAAGAGUAAUACGAGUAAUGCCAAAUACCCCGGUUUUAGUUCGGGAAGGUGCAUCAGUAUUUGUUCGAGGUACAAACGCAACUGAUGAGGAUGCUAACAUCACGCGAAAAUUAUUAACAGCAGUAGGUAGUUGUGACGAAAUUACUGAAAACCAUAUGGAUGCAGUUACUGCCUUAAGUGGAUCUGGACCUGCAUAUGUAUACGUUUUGAUUGAAGCUUUAGCUGAUGGAGGUGUUAAAAUGGGUUUACCUCGCGACAUAUCAUACCGUUUGGCUGCCCAAACAGUUAUUGGCGCUGGAUUAGUAGUAAGAGAAACAAAAGAACAUCCAGGUGUUUUGAAAGAUAAUGUAACAUCACCCGCGGGUUCAACUGCAGCCGGUUUACAUUACCUUGAAGAAAAAGGUUUUCGUUCUGCAAUUAUUGGUGCUGUUGAAAAAGCUUGCGAUAGAUGUCGUGAAGUUGGUGAUGUAUAUGCUGGAAAAUAAAUGUUCAAUUAACAAACUGUCUUCCAAAAAUAGAACAAUAAGUAUAAUUGAUAAUAUAGAUGUUAAGCAAUAAAAUCUGUUACUUUAAGAAAUGACUCACUUAUAUGUUGAUUUACAAUUUGUAUAUAUAUUUU